GCCAAGCUUAUAAAUACAACCGUACCGGCUUUUCUCGUUCAGUCAGCUGAAGUUCGAAGCGCAUUGUUGCGAGUCGUCCGUGAGUGAUUUUGCUGUGAAUUCUACGCCUUUUUCGUCUGUGAAUUAUUACAUUUUACAAAAUGCCGGAAGACGUCGACAUGAAGGAAGAGGAGGUCGAGACCUUUGCCUUCCAGGCAGAGAUUGCCCAGUUGAUGUCCCUGAUCAUCAACACCUUCUACUCCAACAAAGAGAUCUUCCUCCGAGAAUUGAUCUCAAACUCUUCUGAUGCCUUGGACAAGAUCCGUUACGAGUCCCUCACUGACCCAUCCAAGAUUGAAUCUGGCAAGGAACUUUACAUCAAGAUCAUUCCCAACAAGAAUGACAGGACUCUGACCAUCAUUGACACAGGUAUUGGUAUGACCAAGGCAGAUCUAGUCAACAACCUUGGAACCAUUGCCAAGUCCGGAACCAAGGCCUUCAUGGAAGCCCUCCAGGCUGGUGCUGACAUCUCCAUGAUUGGUCAGUUUGGUGUGGGUUUCUACUCUGCCUACCUGGUCGCUGACAAGGUGACAGUCUCGUCCAAACACAACGACGACGAGCAGUACCUGUGGGAGUCUUCUGCUGGAGGAUCCUUUACUGUCCGCAACGACCCCGGUGAGCCCCUGGGUAGAGGAACCAAGAUCGUCCUCUACAUCAAGGAAGAUCAGGCUGAGUUCUUGGAGGAGAGGAAGAUCAAGGAGAUUGUCAAGAAACAUUCACAAUUCAUUGGCUAUCCCAUCAAGCUUGUCGUAGAGAAGGAGCGUGACAAGGAGCUCAGUGAUGAAGAAGCUGAGGAUGAGAAGAAAGAGGGAGAGGGUGAUAAGGAGGAGGAAGACAAGAAGCCUAAGAUUGAGGAUGUCGGUGAAGACGAAGAUGAAGACAAGGAGAAGUCAAAGAAAAAGAAGAAAACCGUGAAGGAGAAGUACACUGAAGAUGAGGAGUUGAACAAGACCAAACCCAUCUGGACCCGUAACCCUGACGAUAUCAGCCAAGAGGAGUAUGGCGAAUUCUACAAAUCUCUUACCAACGAUUGGGAAGAUCAUCUUGCUGUCAAACAUUUCUCAGUAGAAGGUCAGUUGGAAUUCAGAGCACUCCUAUUCAUUCCCCGUCGUGCACCCUUUGAUCUUUUUGAAAACAAGAAGAGAAAGAAUAACAUCAAGCUAUAUGUCAGAAGGGUUUUCAUCAUGGACAACUGUGAAGACUUGAUUCCAGAGUACCUUAACUUCAUUAAGGGUGUUGUGGAUAGUGAAGAUCUUCCUCUGAACAUCUCUCGAGAAAUGCUCCAGCAGAACAAGAUCCUCAAAGUCAUCAGGAAGAACCUGGUUAAGAAGUGCCUGGAACUUUUUGAUGAACUCGCUGAGGACAAGGAGAACUACAAGAAGUUCUAUGAGCAGUUCAGCAAGAACUUGAAAUUGGGAAUCCAUGAGGACAGUCAGAACCGCAAGAAACUCGCAGAUUUGCUCCGUUACCACACAUCAGCUUCCGGUGAAGAGGCUUGCUCCCUGAAGGACUAUGUUGGCCGUAUGAAGGAGAACCAGAAGCACAUCUAUUACAUCACUGGUGAGAACAAGGACCAGGUUGCCAACUCUUCCUUCGUGGAGCGUGUCAAGAAGCGCGGCUUUGAAGUGAUCUACAUGACAGAGCCCAUCGAUGAAUAUGUGGUUCAACAGAUGAAGGAGUAUGAUGGAAAGCAGCUGGUGUCCGUGACCAAGGAGGGUCUGGAGCUUCCCGAGGACGAAGAGGAGAAGAAGAAGAGGGAAGAGGACAAGGCAAAGUAUGAGAACUUGUGCAAAGUAAUGAAGGACAUUCUGGAUAAGAAGGUAGAGAAGGUUGUGGUCAGUAACAGACUGGUAGAAUCUCCCUGCUGCAUUGUCACCUCGCAGUACGGCUGGACAGCAAACAUGGAGAGGAUCAUGAAGGCACAGGCUCUAAGAGACACCUCUACCAUGGGCUACAUGGCCGCCAAGAAACAUCUGGAGAUCAACCCUGACCACUCCAUUAUGAACACACUGCGACAAAAGGCCGAUGCUGACAAGAACGACAAGGCUGUGAAGGACUUGGUCAUGCUGCUGUUUGAGACCUCCCUGUUGUCUUCUGGCUUUGCUCUGGAGGACCCUGGUGUACACGCUUCCAGGAUCCACAGGAUGAUCAAGCUAGGUCUGGGCAUUGACGAGGACGAACCCCUACCUGCAGAGGAGGAGAAGGUCGACGCUGAGAUGCCUCCUCUCGAGGGAGAUGCUGAAGAUGCUUCUAGAAUGGAGGAAGUUGACUAAGUCUAUAAUUGAGUAGGCUUAUUGUUUUGAUAAAGACUGUUAUUUUCAAUUUGUACACAUUGUACAGUGAUAUUAGAGUAAGGAAACAUUUUGUAUUUAUUUUGAUUAAUGCAUUUCCUUAAACUCAUGUUCAUCUUAUAAAUGAACCACAAGAAUUGUUCCUGUUUUUGUACUAUACUGUUAAUUUUAGAAAGAAAAUAAAUGUUCAUUUGUUUGUA